AUGCCAGAGAGGAAGCGAACUUGCGAUGACGAAACUGAAGAGAUGACACCUAACAGUAAGAGAAAAGCCGGCUUUGCCCAGAAGAGCGAGAUCGAUGUACAGACUUACUACGAUGACACGGAAACGAUGCGAAUAUUCAGAACUGCUGCUGGUGUACUAGGGCUCUCAGUGGACGAUAUGUGGGAGAUGUAUGGUGAAUUUCUCAUCACGUACGCAUGUGAGACGGGAUGGGAGAAGAUGCUCGCCUGUAUGGCAAACAAUCUACAGGAAUUCUUGGACAAUCUCAACUCAAUGCAUUACUUCAUUGAUCAGAUCGCCUUCAAAUCCGAAAUGAGAGGGCCGACAUUCCAAUGCGAGGCAACUGGCGAAGGAUUUCUGCGCCUGCAUUACUUUUCUCACAGACAGGGUCUUUUUCCGAUAGUUAAAGGUCUUGUUCGCCAAGUGUCUCGACUGCUGUUCGAAAUGGACGUAAAGCUUACUGUGAUUGAACGAUCUCAAGAGAGACGGAAAAGCGGCAUGGUUGAGCACGUGGUGUUCUCACUCGAACCCGAUGAAGAUCAUCGGGCUGGAAAACGUUUUGCCUACAAAUUUAAGCGAGAUACUCGUUCUCAUGGUGAUGCAGAGGAAGCGGAACAA